GGCAUUUGCUGACGUCACGAAGAUCCACUCCGACCUGCCUUUAGCUUAGCCUCUUAAAACUCCUCAUUUUUUCAUCUGGAUUUGGUUUGUAUCGCGCCUAGUCCCGUUGUAAAUCCGAGGCAAGCGGGUCAUUUCUCCGGUUAGACAGUUGCGGAGGCUGACUGCUCAUCUGACAGCCUUCUAGAGCCCUGUGUUUAGAGAUAACGAGUGAAUUUCACGUGUUAGCUCGAGCUGAUCUUCAGGAGAAACAGCAGUCAUGGGCUCCAGAGCUUCAUCUCUACUCAGAGAAGAGGACAUUGAAGAAAUCAAGAAAGAAACUGGAUUCUCCCACAGUCAGAUCACUCGCCUCUACAGCCGCUUUCACAGUCUCGAUAAAGGAGAGAACGGAGCGCUCAGCCGAGAAGACUUCCAGAGGAUUCCCGAGUUGGCAAUAAAUCCUCUCGGUGAUCGGAUAAUUAAUGCCUUCUUCCCAGAGGGUGAGGAUCAGGUGAACUUCAGAGGCUUCAUGAGGACUCUGGCUCACUUCCGUCCUGUGGAGGACAAUGAGAAGAACAAGGUCCUGACACCUGGAGAGCCGCUCAACAGCAGGACCAACAAACUCCUCUUCGCUUUCCGGUUAUAUGACCUCGACAGAGAUGACAAGAUUUCUAGAGACGAGCUGCUGCAGGUGCUGAGAAUGAUGGUGGGAGUGAAUAUUUCUGAUGAGCAACUUGGAAGCAUUGCAGACAGAACCAUCCAGGAGGCGGACACUAAUGGGGACAUGUGCAUCUCAUUUAAUGAGUUCACCAAGGUGUUGGAAAAAGUGGACGUCGAACAAAAGAUGAGCAUCCGUUUCCUUCACUAAAGACCAAACGUGUUCUGAACUCUUGAGUGGAGACGAUGCACAUCAAUAUAGAUAAGACAUGCCCCCGAUUCUUCUUCUUUCUGUGGGACGUUUCGUGCUUGAUAAACAUAAUUGCGUUACUUUAGUUCCAAUCGUCUGUCACUCUUGGGUUGGCGUGUCCUGGUGCCUUCGCUGUUCUCAAGUCACUGCGCCUUUUCUCUCGUGUAUUCAAAUGAAAUUUAUUCCAGCGGUUGGAAAUAACUUUCCAGAUGGGGAUUGAUGGAUGCUUUUCAUCAACCUCGUAAAAGGCCAAAUCUGAUGCUUCUGUAAAUAAAGAAAUGAGUUUUUGAGGUUUUGCGUAAUAAACUUUCCUUCACACCCAUUAAAUGACAUUUAAUGCAGUGAGAAUUUCCUUCACUUCCAUUAAAUGACAUUUUUUGCAGUGAGAAAUGCCUCACAAUUAAAAGAUGUGGAAAAAUGUUCGUGCAAGUCGGCACGUAAUGGGGAGUGAAUUACCUCUUUUUUGGUGUUGAAAUACCUAACAAGGAAAUAAUCAGGUCAGAUGAGUAUUUAUAUCAGUGAGUGAUUCUGUGCUCGUUCUUAUUAAAUCCCCAAGCCUGCAUAGUUAGAUCUCGAAGUUAAUUUUUAAAAAGGAAAAGGUUGUAAUUUCUGUCUCACUUCGGUACAAAACGAAACCGAAAUCUUUUUGUGUAAGCCACCGAAAUUUAAAAAGGCCGUAACCAUGCCUUGUACUUUUCGGGGGACCUUUUUUUUUCUUGUGGUCUUUUUAUUUCAGUUCAUUAAAUGAUUAAAGGAGAUUUAAAGGAUUAAUUAAAUAUUUGUAGGCGUGAACUAAUCAAUUAAACCUGUUUGCAAAUUAUUAUUUUAAAUAUCGUAUCACUAAUGUUGAAAACGUGAAAUGUUUCUGGUCUCGUCACUUUCAGUUGUGCAUGAAUAACGUACAUGAUACCAUGUUUUAUUUCGAAACGCCAAAACUUGAAGUUUGCAUCACUGGAUAUUACUGUGGGGCGUUUUAACAUUUCUGUCGUGAAACAAUUCUCAAAUAUUAUAUGAUUAACUACUUGCAUCUUACCAUACACUCUCACCAUUAAAGCUAAUAGCAUUGUGUUUGAUUUCUCACUCGUCUUCAGUGGACGGCAAACCCCGCCUUCUUUGAUUUGAUUGGCCAUCUCAAUCAUUCUAACAGUGAUGAGCAGAUCAGACUAUGAAUAUAACUUUUCUUAGUCUGACUUUUCGUAUGUUAAACAACAAUUCAAUACAUCGUUUUCAUUCCUGUCAAACAAUGAAAUAUGGCGCUACCCGUACUAAGGUCUGUUAAACAGCAUGUAAUGCACAUCAAAGUUUGUGUUGGAAUAUUAAAUUGUCCAACUUGUUAAGGAAAGUAUGUUUUCUUACUGAUCAAUUAGAUUUUAGAUCAAUUUAAAGUGAUCAAAUUGCAAUUUUCACCUUCCAGAUAAUAAAACACCCACAAAAAAAAAUCAGCUAGAUUUGCUUUUGAAGAAUGGACUCCAAUUAUAUUAUAUGUGCACGGACCAGUAAACAUCUAUACGUCUUAGCAACAUGUAAAAAGACACUUAGAGCUGUUUAACAACCCUAUAGAAACAACUUGGCACCGGCCAGCAAUGCCUUAGCAUCAAGUUUUGCACAGUCAAACUUCUGAAAGUGUUCAAAAUCUAGGGAUUUUUUGCAAUACUGUUCAAUCGGGCAGAAUUUACUCACUUCACCUUCAAGCUUGGUCAAGUCAAUUUCAUGAAACUAAAGUGUGUGUGUGUGUGUGUGUGUGGGAGAUUUGUUCUCAGAAUUGUCAUGCAUCAUUAUUUAUAAGUGUACUCUAAGCCAAAGCGUCACUCCCUAACUACAUCACUGUGCUGUUAACUACCAAUCUUUUAAACCGCUGGUCGAACGCUUGCAUUGAUCAGGGUGGGAACAUCGGUCUUUGUCUUUGCUUAAUGUAUGAACAAAAUCAAACACUGAUUAUUUAAUUAUCAAUGCUACGAUUAAAUCCAUGUAUAGUAUAUCGCUCACAGGUGCUUGAAGUUCUGCUGUGCUUCUCGCAGUUUCUUGCUUUGUGUAAAGAUUCUUAAAUAAGCUGGAGUUGGACUUGGAAAGGUUUUCCAGAGCUUUUCAAGAGAACAAAAAUGAAAUGAAAUCAUUCAAUGUGGUGUAAUAAUUAUGAUGUACAUUUAAGACGUGGAC